AUGGGACUGCCAAAAUUUAUUGCCUCCGAUUUGGUGUACCAUGAGCAACCAACUGACCCACAGACCCGAUCUACUGCACUGACAGCACUGGCCACCGAUAAUUCUCACCCACCCUUGAGAUCAUCCAUCCCACUCACCGUAUCAUCCUCCAACCCGUCAGAUCCUACCACAUCUCAUCCCUUACAAUGGACCCAGCUUUUUUGA